AUGGCUAUGAGCUCAGUUAAUGCGUAAAAGAAGUCCGUGGAAUAAUACAUUUCGUUUUAAGUCAUUAUAAACCAUUGUCAGUAUGUUUAUAUUUGUAUUUAAACAAACCUGUAAUUCACAAAAAGUUUAUAUAUUUUAUUUUAUAGUCGCAUUUUCGUUCUUUAUUAAACAGGCAAUGAGAUCGUCAACAGCAGAAGACUCCUAGAAAAAUUCGUGGUCCAUCGGAAUGACGUUUCUGUAGGGCUUUUAAAUUAGCUGAUUUUAUAAUGUCAAAAUAAGAGAUGAAUGAGCUGUUAACCAGCGACUAAUGUCAACUGGCUUUUUAUGAUAUUUUCAUCGGAUGCUGGUGUUAUGAAUUAUAUUGGUGUGGACUGCUCUCUGAUCUUUCCCCUUACAGCUCUAUAGAUCGCCUGCCAUCAUGGACAAGAUUCUAGAGGCGCUGGUUAGCUCCUCUCACUCAGUCCCAGUGAAGAAGGCCAUCGUGAAGAAGGUAGUUGAAGCCGCAGAGAAAGAGGUUACGGCGGAGCAAUGUCAGGCCCUGUACACUCUCACCACUCGCCUCAUCUUUUUGGGCGAAGACGCCUUCCAGAAACAGGUGGGCUUCCAGGUGCUGGAGGCCUAUGCCCGCUACCACCGUGCUGAUUUUGAGCUCUUCUUCAGCAAAGACUUUGUCCUGGGCCUGUUACAGCAGGGCUACGGCCCCCUGGACCGCAAGGACCCGGCCGUGGUUGACUACAUCCAUGGCUGCCUGCGGCUGCUGAUCAGCUGCCCCUCGGUGCUGGAUAUCUUCUCCAUCAUCCAGACAGAAAUCCUAAGGAUGGUGUGUGAACGGCCUGAGCCAGCCCUGUGCGCCCGUCUCGCCACCAUGCUCUCAGACUUCAUACAGUGCAUCCCCCGGGAGAAGACGGCCAUUUUGUUCUGCCAGCAGUUGGUGAGGACCAUUGGGUACUUCCACUGUCCUGCCAGCCAGGAGCGGGAACUGAGGGAGUACGUGGACCAGGUGACCAAGGUCAGCACGUUGCUGCAGAACAUCUGGAAGGCGGAGCCGGUCACACUGCUGCCAUCUCUGCAGGAGGUGUUCGCUAUAAUCUCCUCCACUGACCCGUCCUUCGAACCCUCCAUUGCCCUAGCCAGCCUGGUCCAGCACAUACCUCUCCAGAUGAUCACAGUUCUCAUCAAGAGCCUUACCACCGACCAGAACGUCAAAGACACCAGCAUGACUCAAGCACUCUGCAGGAUGAUUGACUGGUUGUCUUGGCCUCUAGCCCACCAUGUGGAGAUGUGGGUCAUUGCCCUGCUGAAGGGGCUGGCUGCGGUGCAGAAGUUCACCAUCCUCAUAGAUGUCACCCUGCUUAAGAUUGAACUGGUGUUCAACCGUCUGUGGUACCCCAUCGUGCGACAGGGGGCCCUAGUGGUUCUCUCCCAUAUGCUGCUGAGUUUCCAACACUCUCCUGAGGCCUUCCACUUGGUCGUGCCACACAUAGUGGACCUGGUUCAGAGUCUGAAGCAUGACGGCCUGCCCACCAGUAAGGCUUUCCUGCUGCACUUCACAGAGCUCGUCCACUGUAUGAUGUACCAGUACUCUGGCUUCCCUGACCUCUACGACGACAUCCUGGAGGCCAUCAAAGAGCUACCUGGGCCCGGUGAGGAGAAGAUCAAGCUGGUUCUGAACCAAAGUGCCUGGACAUCCCAGUCCAACUCGUUUGCCUCAGGCCUGCUGAGGCUGCCGGGCAAGUCUGAGACGGGCAAGACUGGCCUCAUCAACCUGGGAAACACCUGCUACAUGAACAGUAUCAUACAGACACUCUUCUCAGCCACAGAUUUCAGGAGGCUUGUCUUAUCGUUACGUCUGAAUGAUGCCACUGCCAACACACUGAUGAAGAAACUGCAGCUCCUCUUCACCUUCCUCUCACACACCCAGAGGGCAGCGUACGCCCCCAGAGUCUUCUUUGAGGCGUCUCGGCCCCCCUGGUUCAAUGCAGGAUCCCAGCAGGACUGUUCUGAGUAUCUCCGCUUCCUCCUGGACAGAUUACACGAAGAGGAGAAAACCAUCCAGGUUCUCAUGUCAGCCAAGUCAAAUGUUGUCUCCCCUGGCAACGACACCGGAGGUGAAACCUCUGCGGAGGAUGCCAGAGUGUCACCUGUGGCCCCUGUGGAGGGGAAGUCCGAGGGGAAUGAUGAGAGGACGCUGAUUGAGAGGAUGUUUGGAGGCAGGCUGAGCACGGGUAUCCGCUGUAUGACAUGCAACAGCGUCUCGGAGAAAGAAGAACCUUUCACUGACCUAUCCCUGGCUUUCUGUCCCUCCUCCACCUCCACCCCUCUUCAGACUGAGGGCCCCUCAGAGGAACCCCGGGGCCCCUGCCAGGGGGCUGUCAACGGGGGCAGCGAGGCUCCUGAAAUAGGCCCUUCUCCCAAACCCGUCACGGCCUCCACCACCGGCGUCCAAUUUGUUCCAGGGUCCAGCGAGCCACCGCUGUCUGUUCCUGACCUGGUGGACUACUUCCUGGCGCCAGAGAUCCUGGACAAGGAGAACGCCUACUUCUGCCAGAAGUGUGGCUCGCUGCAGCGGGCAGAGCGGGGGAUGAGGGUGGUUGCGGCGCCCGAGUACCUCAUCCUCACGCUGCUGAGGUUCUCCUACGACGCCAAGUGCCACGUGCGCCGCAAGAUUCUGGACAACGUCACCAUCCCGCCGCUCAUGAGACUGCCUGUGCACGCCCCUCCACCCAAACACUCUUCGUCCUCUUCCUCGCCACCAUCCUCUCCACUCCAAGUGGACUCGCCCGAGAGCAGCGAAAACCUGGCCAAGAAACUGAAGCCGUCGCAGAGAGAGGAGGAGGAGACUGGGCUAGAGGGCGACAACGGGAUGGCAGGAGGAGAAAGUGAGGUAGGGGUGUGGCCAGCGGCCCGGUUCGUUCCCUACGUCCUCAGCUCUGUAGUGAUGCAUUCUGGGAUGUCGUCGGAGAGUGGCCAUUACUACUCCUACGGCCGCAACCUCAAUGGGGCCGACGGAGCCCAACACCACCUAGCCAAUCCCCUCGCCCUGGGGGAGGAUCCUGGCAACGGGCAGACUGAGCCCAUUGCACUCACUUGCUCUGGGGCGACUCAUCCCAAACAGGAAGUGGAAGAGGUGUGCGGAGGCCAGGUGGCCGGGGAUUGGCUGCUGUUCAACGACAGCAGGGUAACGUUCACUUCAUUGGGGUCGGUUCAGAACGUCACCAACCGUUUCCCCAAGGACACGGCCUACGUGCUGAUCUACCGGAAACAGGACGUUACGGGGGGGCAAAACAGUACCGGGGGAGUGACAGCCAAUGGCAUGAGACUGGGCUCUGAACCUCCGCUGCAGAAAGAACUGAUGGACGCCGUCACCAAGGACAACAAGCUCUUUUUACAGGAACAGGAGUUGAACGCGCGGACCCGAGCUCUCCAGGCGGCCUCUGCCUCCUGCUCGUUCAGGCCCAAUGGAUCAGAUGACAACGAACCCCCAGGCAGCUGUGGUCCCUCGGGGGGAGGAGGAGGAGGUGGGGGGUUCAACACUGUCAACAGACUGGUCUUCUGAUGGAGGAGGGACUGGGAAGAAUGAGUGAGAGACAAGUAAAUAUAGCACUGAAAGACCACUGGACUCUAUAUAUGAGAGACAUGCACAGAGAAGUCUGGUUGGCUACUCAUCCAGUGGAAGGUGAAGCACAUAUGAACGUAAAGAGAGAGAGAGAGAGAGCGCUGAAUAUCUUGGAGGGAGCACUUGAAUACAGCGCAUAAUGUACACGCCCACAUGGACUUAAAUCCAACACAACACUGAACUCAACACUGGACUCAACCUUACAGUGAGGGUCUUCUCUCUCAUGUCUGUCUCUGUCGUUUUAUUAUCGUCCAUAACUCACAACUUUCUGCCUCGGGACAAGCUAGACCUCAUAACCUUUUCUGGUUUGCAUGCAUUUCUUUCUUCUUUUUCAAGCGGUGGGUUUGAUUUUUGAUAAGGAGAUUCAUUGAUGUGUACUUGUCUUAAGACAUUUUCAUAUGCAAUAAAAUGUACAGAUAUGGGUGUGAAAGUAUAUUCAAUAAACAUGGAAUAUGAUCAACUAAUGCCAUGAAUACUGUAUACAAAAAGUUUUAGAUGCGAUUAAUCUUUUAAUACAAAAUGUGUGUGUUAAUUGCAUGCUGAACGUUUGACAACUUUCUUAAGGUGGGGUUAUGGUUACUAACAUUGACUCUAAUAAUUAAGUUAUUCAUUCAGGGAUACUUUUCUUUUGUUGCAGAUUUUGUGCCUUUUGUUAGAUAUUAUUAAACCCGAAUUUACAAAAAGACUUUGACUGGAAAGACACAAACCUCAGCCUUGCUGUACAGUGUUUUAAAUGUAUGUACAAUACAUGAUUUUCCCCAAUAUUAAAGAUGAAAGGGUCUUGUU